UUUGCAACCCCCGUUUUUCUGUGUCGAUCGAAGGUUUGUUUCUUGUGGUUUUGCACGCAAAUUUGUGGCAUUUGGAAUAGUGAUGUGGUAAUUGGUUGGUGGUGCUGAUCUCGUUUACGUUCGAAGCUAAACCGUUGACAAGACAUUGAAGUCAUUUGAGGUCAUGGGAGGGAAUAGCUAAUGAGGAGAUAGCGCUUAGGGUGGUGUUUUAGUUUGCGAAGGGAUUGUUUUCAAGGGAUCCGGACCAAUGGCGCCCGUGAUGCAGAGCACGCAGCAAUGGGUGGAGAAAUAUCGGCCCCGGAAGGUGAAGGAUGUCGCCCAUCAGGAGGAGGUCGUCCGCACUCUCACCAACACACUCGAAACGGGAAAUUUGCCGCACCUCCUAUUUUAUGGACCUCCAGGCACAGGGAAGACCACAACAGCACUUGCGAUCUGCCACCAGCUUUUUGGGCCAGAGCUUUAUAAAACAAGAGUGCUGGAGCUUAACGCUAGUGAUGACCGUGGAAUCAAUGUGGUCCGGACGAAGAUCAAGGAUUUCGCUGGUGUUGCCGUUGGUGCCGGUGUGAGCGGUUAUCCGUGUCCUCCUUUCAAAGUUCUUAUACUGGACGAAGCCGACUCAAUGACUGAAGAUGCACAGAAUGCUCUGCGGCGCACAAUGGAAAAUUACUCAAAAGUCACUCGUUUUUGUUUUAUCUGCAAUUACGUUAGUCGAAUCAUUGAGCCAUUGGCAUCACGGUGCGCUAAAUUCCGUUUCAAACCACUUCUAGAAAAUGUCAUGCAAAACCGUAUCCAGUACAUUUGUCAAGAGGAAGGUUUGAAGCUAGAUCAGGAGGCUUUAUCUACUUUAAGCAGAGUCUCUGAAGGUGAUUUGCGGCGGGCUAUCACGUGCCUUCAGUGUGCCGUUCGUCUGUAUGGUUCCAAUAUUUCUAGCAAAGAGAUUAUCAGUGUCUCUGGGAUCGUGCCUGAUAGUGUCCUCGAAGGACUUCUGAAAGCUUGCCAAAGCGGGCAAUUUGAUUUGGCGCACCAAGAGGUUAGAGAUAUUAUUGCGGAAGGCCACCCUGUAUCUCAAAUUCUUUCUCAGCUAUUCGAUUUUGUUGUACAAUCUCCAAAUAUUAGCGACAUUCAAAAAGCUAGAAUCACAGAGAGGCUUGCUGAAACUGACAAGUGUCUCAUUGACGGGGCAGACGAAUACCUUCAGCUAAUGGAUGUUGCUAGCAACACCAUGCGUGCCUUGUGUAAUCAAACCCAGGAGUGCACUUAUUAGGUUCAAGAUACUCCGGUGGUACCACUGUGUUCCAGUUUUAAGUAUCUUCAUAGAAACUUAGGAAAAGUUUCUGCACCCGAAUCUGUAUUACGACGUUUUUAUCAUGCUUCGAGCUUGAUUUUAAUGCGUGGAUAGCUUAUUCUUGGACAGGCAUGGUCUUAAAGUUCUGCGACUGAGCACAUUAUAUUUUCAUUUGUCUGGCAGAUCACAGUAGAAGCUGUAAGGUUCACACAAAGACAUUGUCCUUACGCAGGCUCUUAGUCCAUGUGGUUUUGAUGUAUCAUUUCAUAAGCGACUUUCAGUUCUGUGAUUCCUUAA